AUGAAGUCAAGCUCCCGUUUAUACCAGUGCUUGGUUCGAUUCCAAAACGCAACGUUCCGAGCUGAUACUAGAACCACCACUCCACAGGUCUUUAAAGCUCCUAUAGAAGAAUUUUCAGUGUUCAAGCCUAACGAUCAAGAUGAUCAAGACCACUCGUCGUUUUGGGCUAUAACCGGGCCUAAAAAGACUCAAUUCCUCCAAUGCAUAGGUGGGAAAUACAUCACAUCACCCCCGUUAGCCCGAACUUAUCCCUUCUUGAAAGAGAAACACAGUGGGUUUAAUGAUAGAGUCCAAUUGCUAAACUUUAGAGAACAAUCAGGUCUCGAUAAAACUUAUUUGCUGGCAAGGUACGAGACGUUUGCCUUCAAAGGAAAACUUGAAAUGGCUGACGAUGUGAACUCGGUUCAUAAUUAUGUCACUGGAGCCUAUAACUACAAUAAUAAUAAUGUUGUUGUGAAUCCCCAGUUUGAAGCCUAUUUGUUUUCUUUACUUAACUUGAACCAUUUAUCUAAUAAAUGGAUUAACCUGUUGAGUAAUGGACAAAUGCGCCGAGCAAGAAUUGCUAAACUGUUGAUCACCCGACCGGAAUUGCUCGUUAUAGACGACCCCUUUCUUGGACUAGAUCCGGGCGCUACAGCCAUGGUGUCUGAAUCUCUUAAACGGGUGGCUUCAGAGCUUCAAAUUGGGAUUGUGUUGGGGUUAAGAGUACAAGACGAUAUCCCAAAUUGGAUAGACAAAGUGGGAUAUGUUGAUGAUGAAGGACUCUCUGUCGUUGAUCCAAGUAAAUUUCAGAGCCACUCCACAGGUCGUACUGUUCUAAGACAUCAGCAUAAUAAGAAGGAGAAUAUGGUACCGACUGCUUUAAAGGAUACAAUGUCUGCCAAAAUCAAUGUUCCACCACAUAUCCAAUUUGAUAAUGCAUCUGUCGUAUACCGUGGGUUGCCCGUACUACUUGAUUUUAACUGGAUAGUUCAACCUGGUAGUAGAUGGAGAAUACUUGGUGAUAAUGGUACUGGUAAAACAACCAUUCUCCUGCUAAUAACAGCAGACCAUCCUCAAUCUUGGAAGUCUGUUCUUAGUGUUAAUGGUAAACUUAGAAAAUCUGGUACUGGAGUUAACUUCUUUGAUGUGAAUAAUAACCUUGGAUUAUCAUCACCAGAGUUGCAUGCUUUGGUUCCUCCUGGCAAAACCAUGUGGCAAGUGAUUCUUUCAGGACUAGUUAAGGAUGUGGGUAACUCCAAUUUCAUGUUUACAGGGAAAGAAAACCAGCUAGGACAUUUUGGUUUAUCAAUAUUACAACAGUUCAAUGAUAGACUUGAAAAGUCUAAAGAUACACCCUUCUGUCAAUUAUCAAUAACAGAUCAGAAGUUGGCUCUCUUCCUUAGAGCCAUAGUAAAGAACCCCCAAUUACUUAUAUUAGAUGAAGCGUUCAGUUGUAUGGAUGAAGAAUCCGUAAUGGAAAGGUGUCAUGAUAUUGUUAAUCAUCAGAUGCAUUCCACAACUGUGUUAAGCAUAGGACAUCUAGAUUGGGAACUUGUUAAGCUGGAUUAUGUGCUUCAUUUGGUUGGUGAUGAUCAAAGACACUACAACUAUUACAAGUAUACAUAG